AUGCAAGUCCAAACAUUCUACAAUGGGCUAGACGCUACUAGCAAAACUCUCAUUGAUGCCGCAGCUAGAGGAGCCUUGAUGGCCAAAACGCAGGAUGCAGCAUACGAGUUGCUUGAGACCAUGGCAUCCAACAGCUAUCAAUGGCCUAGUGAACGUGCAAUGCCUAAGAAAGCUGGAGUUCAUGACGUCAACGCAAUAACUGCAUUAACUGCACAAAUUUCUACUCUCUCUAAACAACUUGGUUCAUUAAAUGUCAAUGCUAUUCAAACCCCUAAUGCUAUUUGUGAAUUUUGUGCAAGAAGUCACCCUAGCGUUGAUUGCAACAAUGGGAAUCCAUUUUCUGCACUUGAGCAAGUAAACCAAGUUGGAGAUUUCAAUCGUCAAAGGAAUAAUCCAUAUUCCAACACCUACAACCCAAGAUGGAAAAAUCACCCGAAUUUCUCUUCGAGUAAUAACCAGAAUGCACAGAAACCACCCCCAGGAUUCCCACUUCAAGAGAAAAAGGUUGAGUUAGAAGACAUACUCACUCAACUUGCUAGAAAUAUGAGUACUCUCUCAAAUAACACCAAUCAAUUUAUGAGCAAAACCAAGACCACAUUACAAAAUCAAGCGGCCUCUAUAAGAAAUUUGGAAGUUCAAAUGGGGCAGUUAGCUCAAGUUUUGACAGAGAGAGAGUCAGGUACAUUGCCCAGCCAAACGGAAGUAAACCCAAAGAAUUUGGAGCAAGCUAAGGCCAUUACAUUGCGGAACGGACGACCAAUCAAGACAACCGUUGAUUUGGAACAAGAGCACGCUAGAGAGCUUCCUACCGCAAGCAAGGAGCAGCAGAAGAAAGUUCCAGCAGCGGCCAAUGCUGUUCCAGCAGCUGCCAAACAAGAUGGUCCAACUGGACAACUGAGAGCCACAUCCUAUAAAUUGGAGAUCAAUAUUCCUUUCAUUGAUGCGCUGGAACAAAUGCCCACAUAUGCCAAGUUCAUGAAAGAUAUCAUAACUUCAAUGAAGAAAUUGGGGAACAACCCCAUAGUAAAGCUGUCCAAGAGAUGUAGUGCCAUCUUGCAAGGCCAAAAACUGCCAGAGAAAAAGAAAGAUCCAGGGAGUUUCGAUAUACCUUGCACAAUUGGUUCUAUUUAUUUUGAUAAAGCGCUGUGUGAUUUAGGUUCUAGCAUUAAUUUAAUGCCCUUAUCUAUUGCUAGAAAAAUGGGUUUGGGGGAGGAAAUUAAAUCUACUUCUGUUUCUUUGCAGAUGGCGAAUAGAUCAAUUACACUACCCAAAGGCAUGAUCGAAGAUGUGAUUGUUAAGGUUGAUACCCUUGUCUUUCCCGCAGAUUUUCUUGUCAUAGAUAUGGAAACCAAUGGCGAUACACCAAUCAUCUUGGGCCAGCCAUUCUUACUCACUGGGAGGACCCUAAUUGACGUUGAACAAGGUCUUGUGGUUUUAAGGGUAGCAGACAAGAGUGUGGCAGUCAAUGUGUAUAAAGCGUUACUCUAUCCAGAAAGUGAAGAAACAUGCAUAUUGAUGGACACAUUGGAAAGAGAUAUAUCCUCCCACUUUGAAAAAGAACAUCCAUGUGAUCCAUUAGAGGCUUGUUUAGUCCACAACAAUAACAAGGAGACGGCAAAUCAGGAAAUUAUUCAGAUGGCACAAUACUUGGAUGCAUCAAAGCCAAAAAUUAAAGAUAAGUGGCCGGAAUUCGAACCACUCGGUGAAGCACCCCCUAAGCUGCAACCAAGCACCAUUGUUGCCCCCUCCUUGGUCUUAAAGCCUCUCCCAUCACAUCUAAGGUAUGCUUUCUUGGGUGAAAAUAAUACUCUUCCUGUCAUUAUUGCUGCUAAUUUGAACACUGUAGAGGAAGAGAAACUGUUAAAAAUUUUGCGACAGCACAAAGCUGCCAUAGGAUGGACAAUUGCAGAUAUCAAGGGAAUUAGCCCUUCCAAGUGUAUGCACCGCAUUUUAUUGGAGGACAGUUUCAGACCUUCCAUUGAGCAUCAACGCCGACUCAAUCCAAACAUGAAGGAAAAAAAAGGAGGGAUCACUGUUGUCAAAAAUGAAAACAAUGAGAUGGUGCCGACCCACACUACAACUGGAUGGAUAGUUUGCAUUGACUACAGAAAAUUAAAUUCAGCAACCCGUAAAGAUCACUUCCCGCUUCCAUUCAUAGAUCAAAUGUUGGAGAGAUUAGCUGGGCAUUCGCACUACUGCUUUUUGGAUGGGUAUUCUAGGUAUAAUCAAAUACCAAUAGCUCCUGAAGAUCAAGAGAAGACCACAUUCACAUGCCCGUUUGGCACCUUUUCGUACCGACGUAUGCCAUUUGGCCUAUGCAAUGCACCGGCCACUUUCCAACGGUGUAUGAUGAGCAUUUUUUCCGACAUGGUGGAACGUUUUAUUGAGGUAUUCAUGGACGACUUCUCUGUCUUUGGCUCUUCCUUUGAUUCAUGUCUACAUAACUUGGCCUUAGUUUUGCAAAGAUGUGAAGAAACCAAUUUAGUUUUAAAUUGGGAAAAAUGCCAUUUUAUGGUACAAGAGGGAAUUGUUUUUGGGCAUCAAAUUUCAGCAAGAGUUAUAGAAGUUGACAAAGCGAAAAUUGACACCAUUGCUAAGUUGCCACCGCCCACCACAGUCAAGGGCAUUCGAAGUUUCUUGGGUCAUGCCGGAUUUUACCGUCGAUUUAUUCAAGAUUUUUCCAAAAUUACAAAGCCCCUUUGUAAUUUAUUGCUCAAGGAUGCCAAAUUUAAUUUUACUUCGGAAUGUUUGGAGGCUUUCAGUACUUUGAAGAAGAAGCUUACCUCAGCACCCAUCAUAGUUGCCCCAGAUUGGGAAUUGCCAUUUGAAAUUAUGUGUGAUGCUAGUGACUAUGCAGUUGGCGCAGUUUUGGGUCAAAGAAAAAAUAAAUUACUCCAUGUAAUUUCUUAUGCCAGUCAAACAUUGAACGAUGCCUAGUUAAAUUACUCCACCACAGAAAAAGAAUUGCUUGCCGUAGUGUUUGCAUUGGAUAAAUUCCGCUCCUAUUUGAUUGGGUCUAAAGUGAUUGUUUAUUCCGAUCAUGCUGCUCUGAAAUAUUUGCUUUCUAAGAAAGAGGCCAAACCCAGGUUGAUCCGUUGGAUACUCUUGCUACAAGAAUUCGAUCUUGAAAUUCGUGACAAGAAAGGAACGGAAAACGUUGUCGUCGACCACCUAUCACGGCUGGUCCAAGAGGAAGAAGGAACUAUUGCCGCUGUCCCCAUUCUAGAAACAUUCCCCGAUGAACAACUUCUCACCAUCCAAACCAUUGAUGCUCCAUGGUAUGCUGAUUUUGUGAAUUAUUUGGUCAGCAACAUCGUUCCUUAUGAUUCUUCCCCUCAAAAAAAGAAAUUUCUUUCCAUGGUGAAACAUUAUUUUUGGGACGACCCCUACUUGUGGAAACAUUGCUCGGAUCAAGUCAUUAGAAGAUGUGUACCCGAGAAUGAGACGUGCGAUCGUUGCCAACGUACAGGUAAUAUUUCUAGUCGAAAUCAAAUGCCAUUACAUAAUAUUCUUGAGGUCGAAUUAUUUGAUGUUUGGGGUAUAGAUUUUAUGGGACCUUUUCCGGCAUCUAUGGCAAAUAAAUAUAUCUUGGUUGCGGUGGAUUAUGUGUCCAAAUGGGUGGAGGCCGUGGCUCUACCUACUAAUGAUGCUAAGGUGGUGGUGAAAUUUCUCCGCAAACAUAUUUUUACUCGCUUUGGAACUCCACGGGCCAUUAUUAGUGAUGGUGGUACGCACUUUUGCAACCGACAAUUCAAUUCCCUUUUGGCCGAAUAUGGAAUUACACAUAAGGUCUCUACACCUUAUCAUCUACAAACAAGUGGGCAAGUUGAAAUUUCCAAUCGAGAAUUAAAAAAGAUCUUGGAGAAGACUGUUGGAACUUCACGAAAAGAUUGGUCCCUAAAGUUAGAUGAUGCACUUUGGGCAUAUCGUACAGCAUUUAAAACUCCUAUUGGAAUGUCACCAUAUCGGCUAGUUUUUGGAAAAGCAUGUCACUUACUAGUGGAGUUAGAGCAUAAAGCCUAUUGGGCAAUCAAGACCUUGAAUUUUGACAUGGAUGCUGCGGGUGAGAAGAGGAUGCUUCAAUUAAAUGAGAUGGAUGAAUUUCGCAACGAAGCAUAUGAGAAUGCAAGGAUUUAUAAGGAGCGAACAAAAGCAUGGCAUGACAAACACAUAGUGUGCAAGGAGUUUCAUGCUGAAAACUACUCAGGAUAUUGGCAAAUUCAAAUCGUAGAAAAGGACAGGUACAAAACAGCCUUUAAUGUCCCCUUUGGACAUUACAAAUGGAAUGUUUUACCUUUUGGAUUGAAAAACGCCCAUGCUGAGUUUCAAAAUAUUAUGAAUGAUAUAUUUAAUCCUUACACUGCCUUCACCAUUAUAGAUCACUUAGUCCCUGCCAAGAUCUCCCCAACGAUUAUUCCCUCUUUUGAACCUGUUGCUGCUCAUCCUUUGGCCACUUCUUUUGCCAGUUUAUGUGUUUCACAAAGGUUACAAAUGUUGAUAGAUCAGUCAGGCUCUUCUUCAUCAAAAGAAGAUUUGAAAAAGAAAGUCCUCGAGAUCCUGGAUCUAGAUGAUGAGUCGAUGGCAUCAGCUUCUGCCACUCAACUUCAAGAUGAGGUGGACCCUUUUGCUAAUGAAGAUAUGCUUGACCACUUUCAUCCGGAUCUUUAUGGUAGGCCUCAGUAA